AUGACACCUUCCUCCGCACGCACUCCCAACUUCUCACGACCACUGCCCUCCCCCUACUCGACAGGUGCUUUUCCUGCGCCGUCCACAGGCUCAGGCCGACUAGAUGUGAUGAAAGAGCUUCCGCCAGCUGGGACUAUGGCAAAUAUGCCGAAGGCGAAUCAGACAAAGGAGUUGACUCCAAGCAAAAACCCGUUUGACACAGCGUCAACUAGAAGCCCCCAUGCGCUUUUAGACAAACUGGCAGAAUCUCCAGGAGAAAAACGCGCUAACAACGCGGCCUCUCCUGGGGUACGGCAUGGUCGAAAGCUCUCAGAAUUUUCAUCAUUCAAAAUUGAGACUGAUUCCAAAAUUGCCCGUCUUCUGUAG